AUGAAGCUGAAGGACAUUGAAUUUACCACCUCGAAUCAUGUAUUUCUGGGCAAUAAAAAACAGCUCAAAAGGCAAGGAAAAUAUAUCACAAACAGCCACCCUCCCAUCAACGAUAAGGACAUGGCCCAGCUCCAAAACUCCCAGGCUCUGAAUCCCGGUACACCAAGGGGUCUGGUCCAGAACGUGUGGUUCGACCUCCAGUUACAUCUGGGUCCAAGAGGAAAAGAGGGGAACAGACAACUAAAGCCCAACUCAUUCCUUGUAAAAACAGACGAGAACGGUCUAAGGUAUGUUGUUCAUAGCCUGUUUGUAUUAUUUCUAAGUUGCUCUCGUAAUUAGACUACUGGAAAACAAUAUUAUUACAACGCAUUCGCUCUCUCAGAUACGCCACUCUCGCAUAUAACGAGGCCACAAAGAAUCAUCUGGACCCAAGGGAGAGGGGCAGGGAGCCCAAGAAGGGAUUCAUGUUCAAGCAGCCCGGUGUCAUCACUGGAUAA